UUACUUGAGAUAGUUAGCUGUUGAACCCUUGCGUUGUGUUGCUUCGCUUGUGGGAUUAGUCUUCUUAUUGCUGUAGAUAAAAGAGACGGUUCUUGUUAGUUUAAUUUGCUUGCGUGAUUUCGGAUGGCCUUUUUCUCGAAAACUGGUGGUUGGACUGGUGCAUUUGGUUCAUUGAUUUUUUGUUGGUCUGGUGUUUUUAAUCGUGGAAUAUACGAGAAUAUUGUGUAAUGAGGAUACUCCUGCUAAUUGGGCGACACCCCUACAUUAUAAUCAUGAGCGAUUGUGGAUCCUCGUAGCAUAGGCUCUGGUAUGAACGCGAUAUACUUCUUACUAAAACCCCACAUGAGCUUCAUUUAUUUGUUACAUAUUUCGUGAUCACCAGUGGCUUGUUAAGUGUAAUACUACGUAAAUAUAAAUAGUGUAAAAUCAGUAUAUAUCCUUACCAUAAACUCGACGAAUGAAAUGUUCUCUCGACGCUGCCGACCUUCUUACUUCUUUGCAGAAAGUCAUUAUGCGAUCUGUGGCAGCCCUUCCAUAUUUAAUAGAAGGCCCCUGUGUUCUCCGGUGAUGAAGAAUUAAAAGCGCUCUGUGUAAGCUUCCUUACACUAACAGAGUCCGACGAUCUUAUUCACAGGUUUCAUAUAUCGACCCGAGAGCCCGUGUUCGGCUGGGUUGCGAGAUAUUUUCGAGGCGCUUUUCCUUCUUAUAAAAGAGAUCACUCGCAUUCCGUUGAACUGAAUUGCAUAUUAUCUCCAAACAAUUUAACCCGAAUCGCAUUGAAGUGAUCAAGAUUGCAUCGUUAGGAAAGCUGUAAAGGCAAGAAAAAAGUGGAUAUUCGUGGCGCGUUGCAGGCUCUUGGACGCGGUGGUUCCCCUCGGCGUCGUCUGCUUCCUCCUCCGGCAGACGAGGGGAAACAUGUUCAGUUCUCGCUGCUGGGAACUGCGCGAGCGGAAGUGGGCGUGAGACCCCCUCGUUUUGAAGGCUAAACGUCGAUUAUAUUUUUUUUCUUACGAAGAGAUUUGAAAAAAAAUGCGAGAUUGUUAUUACGAGAUGGAGAGGAGUCGUAUGAUUUUUUUUGUUAGAAUAAAAGGGUAAAAUAAGUUAACUAAAGAAGUGCUGGCAGUAAACAGCUGAUCGGCGGUGUCGAGUCACGCUCUUGACAGGUAGCGUAGGGCCUUUUGAAGGGUGGGGAAACUUAUGGCGGCUCAAGGUGGACCUCAGGCCGGCAGGUGCGAUGGAGGAGGACCCGCACACGGUCACCCACUUGCUGAAUGAGUUAGAAGGACCGGAUACGAGUCGUGUGGCUUUGGUGAUAAGGACCAUAUACGAUGGCGACGAGCAUGGGAAAUUCAUGGAACGCCUGGAUACACGAAUUCGGAACCAUGACAGAGACAUCGAGAGAAUGUGUAAUCACCAUUACCAAGGAUUUAUUGACUCCAUCAGGGAACUUCUACAAGUUAGGUCACAAGCACAUAAACUCAAGACGGAAGUGGUCAGAAUUGAUGAGGAGGUUCAAGAAUCGGCAAAGCAGCUAAUGGCCAAAAGUGAGGAAUUGGUCAAGACCCGUAAAGUCCAGUCAAAUAUCUGUGCUGCCAUAGAUGCUCUUACGCUCUGUCUGCCUGUCCUAACCACAUAUUCCAAGCUACAGAAACAGAUGCAAGAGAAAAGAUAUUAUCCUGCAUUGAAAACUCUAGAGCAGCUUGAACACACAUAUUUACCACGUGUUGCAAGUUAUCGCUUUGCCCAGCAAAUGCGUGACAACAUUCCUCGUGUUCGUGAAGACAUCAAACAGGCAUCUAUGUCAGAUAUUAAAGAUUUCCUGGAGGCAAUCAGACGAGUGUCAGCACGAAUUGGUCAAGUUGCCAUGAAGCAUGCUGCUCUUCAGUACAAUAUGGACCCUAAUCUAGCAAUGACAAGAUCCAAGAGGCAUGCACCACUGCCUCCAAAUCCAUUCACAGGUGAGACUUACGAAGCUCAGUCAGAAGCCCAGAGUGACGAAGAAGAAGAGCUAUGUGCCCAGGACCUAAUCAAUUUUGCUCCUGUGUACCGCUGUCUUCACAUUUACACAGUGCUAGGAGCCCGGGAGCAGUUUGAGACUUACUACAGGCAGCAGCGAAGAGAGCAAGCCAGGCUAGCUUUGCAGCCACCAACUAACAUGCAUGAAAAUUUAGAAGGCUAUCGACAGUACCUGUAUGGUGUUGUGGGAUUCUUUGUGAUAGAGGACCACGUUCUGAACACUGGCAAUGGACUUGUCACACGACCGUAUCUGGACGAGGUUUGGGACAUGGCAUCAGGAAAGGUUGUGAACAACAUCCGCAACCAUUCCUCAUACUGCACUGAUACCCAUCUUAUGCUCAACAUCAAGAACCUUAUUAUGUUGUUUGCCCAUACUUUACAGAACUAUGGGUACACUGUGAAUCCACUACAUGAGCUGUUAUUAGAAGUUAAAGAUCACUAUAAUGAAGUUUUGAUGCAAAAAUGGGUACAGGUAUUUCGGGAAAUAUUUGAUGAAGACAACUAUCAUCCUAUUCAAGUUGAAACCCCAGAGGAGUAUCAUCGUAUAACUGAGGUCUUCCCAUACCAUGACCUAGCGCUGGAGCAGUCCUCGUUCCCUAAACGAUUCCCCUUCAGUUUAAUGGUUCCAAAGGUGUACCGGCAGGUCAAAAAUUAUGUUGCGGCUUGUCUAGAGUUCUCAGAAGACCUUAAUUUAAGUCAAACAGAGAAGGAGGAUAUGGUACGGAAAUCGACCAACCUUCUGCUGACCCGCACUUUGAGUGGUUGUUUAGCAACAUUAAUCAAGAGACCUGGAUUGGGACUCUUGCAACUCAUUCAGAUAACCAUCAACACGCUACAUUUAGAACAUGCUAAUGUCCUUUUGGAACAUUAUGUGGCAAAGUUGACAGGGAGCAUAGAAGACAGCAGCACACCUGGCCUGGGUAGACUUCAGGGCAAAGCUAUGUUUAAAGACAUUAGAGGAGAAGCUGAGGAACAAAUUUACACAGCUCUUAGACUGAAGCUAGAUGAAUUCUUGGAUCUGGCUGCCUACGAUUGGAUGUUGGCAGAACCCCAGGGGACAUCAUCAUCCUACGUCACUGAUCUCAUAGCUUUCCUUAACUCGACUUUCACAGCAUUCACCAAUCUACCAGUCCGUGUAGCACAGACUGCUUGCAUGUCAGCCUGUCAGCAUGUGGCAAAAUCACUGAUGUCCAUGUUGCUGAGUGAAGAUGUAAAGCAGAUGUCUCUUGCAGCGCUGGAGCAAGUAAACCUUGAUGUCAUCCAGUGUGAACAAUUUGCUGCAUUUGAGCCAGUGGAAGGAUUUGAGGAAGGAGCUCUUCUGAUGUGCUUUGCUGAUCUACGGCAAUUGUUAGACCUUUUUAUGACCGAGGAUUGGUCUACAUAUUUUCAUGAUUAUGGGUCGGAGAACUCCAAGUACCUGCGAGUCAAUCCUCAUAAUGCCAUCAUCAUUGUAGAAAAAUUGCGUGAGGGAGAAAAGCGUGGCAUGUUCUCCAUACUCAAGAGAAGUGACAAGAAGAAGCUUCUGGAAACUGUCCUGAAGCAGCUUAGACAGCUGACCCAGCAACAGCACACCACUUGAGCCUCCUAUGUGUAGGUUAUUGAAAAUAUGUCUCAAAAAAAGGCUACUUAAAUUUCCUAUGUUAAACAAAAUAGGUCUCCAACAAUGUUCUGUAAAUAUGUAUCUGUAUUUAAUAUGGAAUGAUGCUGUAUCUAAAGUGGAAUGAUGCUAACUUCUGUUUUUUUGUUAAUCCCAUAUUAGAAGAAGAAAGCUUUGGUCUUGUAUUUAAUUAGAUGCCCGGAGCCUGCAAAAUUCUGGAAAUUAAAACAUAUUGGUUAUUUUCCUUCUCUGAAACAUAAUAUUGCCUCUUAGAGAGGGAUCCACACAUGACAAUUACUGUUCUGAGAUUUAUCAAACACCUCAUUAAGGAAAAUAAUUUUGAUCUGUAUAUAUGAUUGGGUUUAUCCAAUUGUUGUGUAUUUUAUUAUGUCCAUGGUAUAUAAAGUACCUGCAUGAAGGUACAAUUUGUGUAGCUAUAUUAUUAUUACUAUUAUUAUUAUUAUUAUUUCUUUGUAUGCAUUUGUUGAAAAUUGUAUAAUUAUUUAUAUGAGAAAGAAAUACAAAGUUUACUUAUGAUUUUGAUAUUCACUGAGGUUUAUAAUAUAUGACUUUUUAAGCUUGA